AUACCCAUUACUCACUUCUGCUUCUUCUUCUUCUUCUACAAAUACUACUUGGGAGUCUUGGACUUCCAUGGCCAUGGGCAUGGCUAUGUGUAAAACUGAGCUACUACUUGUGUCCAUGGCCUAUAUAUUCCUUGUUGUAUCAGUGGGUGUUGUAAGCCAUAAAGUAGCAAAAGAAGAAGAAGCAGCAGCAGCAGAAGCAGAAGCCGAUCGAAUUACUGAACUUCCAGGACAACCCAAAGUCUCAUUUCUGCACUACUCUGGCUAUGUCUCUGUUAAUAAAGUCUCCGGCAGAGCUCUCUUCUAUUGGCUCACUGAAGCUGUUCAUCUCCCUGAAUCCAAACCUUUGGUCAUUUGGCUCAAUGGAGGACCUGGUUGCUCUUCAGUAGCUUAUGGAGCUUCAGAGGAGAUAGGUCCAUUCAGGCUUAACAAGACUGGGUCAGGUUUGUAUCUCAAUAAAUUCUCAUGGAAUACAGUAGCCAAUCUACUGUUCCUUGAAACUCCGGCCGGCGUCGGCUUCUCUUACACCAACAAAUCAUCCGAUCUCUUCGAUACAGGCGAUCUGCGAACCGCAAAGGACUCACUGGAAUUCGUUAUCCGAUGGUUGGAUCGGUUUCCACGUUACAAACAACGAGAGAUUUAUUUGACGGGAGAAAGCUAUGCCGGCCAUUAUGUUCCCCAAUUGGCCAAAGAGAUUAUGACAUAUAAUUCGAGGACUAAGUAUCCUAUAAAUCUCAAAGGGAUAAUGGUUGGCAAUGCAGUUACAGACAACUACUAUGAUAACCUUGGGACAGUGGCCUACUGGUGGAGCCAUGCCAUGAUCUCUGAUGCAACAUAUAGGCAGCUACUCAACAAAUGUGAUUUUCGUCAAGAAAAGGAAUCAAAUGAAUGUGAAUCAACUUACUCAUAUGCCAUGGAUCAAGAGUUUGGAAACAUUGAUCAGUACAACAUAUAUGCACCUCCAUGCAACAAUUCAGAUGGCAGUACUAGUACUGGUGCUUCGACCCACAGGAUCAUGCAUUUGCCUCAUCGACGCCAUCCGAUUUUCAGGCAGAUUUCAGGAUAUGAUCCUUGUACAGAAAAAUAUGCAGAGAUAUAUUACAACAGACCAGAUGUGCAGAAAGCCCUCCAUGCCAACACAACUAAAAUCCCUUAUAAAUGGACUGCUUGCAGUGAGAUUCUAAAUCGAAAUUGGAAUGACACAUCUAUAUCAAUUCUGCCAAUCUACAAAGAGAUGAUUGCUGGUGGUUUGAGAAUUUGGGUGUACAGUGGCGACGUCGAUUCUGUGGUGCCGGUUACUGCCACCAGGUUCUCCCUUGCUGAGCUUAAGUUGAGAACCAAAAUUCCAUGGUAUCCAUGGUAUCUGAAGAAACAGGUGGGAGGAUGGACAGAGAUAUAUGAAGGGCUAACCUUUGCAACAGUGAGGGGGGCAGGUCAUGAAGUGCCAUCUACCAGACCCAAAGAAGGCUUUCAGCUCAUCAAAUCAUUUCUAAGAGGGACACCUCUACCGCCAAAAUAGGAGAGACUUCUUUGGGAGCAGAUCAUAUUCUUCAAAAUUUCGAUUAAUCUAUUCUUUGA